AGUUUGUUGAAUUAUUUUUUUGUUAUUUUUGUUUCAUUUUUAAUAGAUUUAUGUGGAGAGAAAUCACCAAUUAGAAUGAAGUUCAAGGCAGUUUGGAGGAAACUGUCUGAUUAUGUCCGCUAUGAUCUGAAGGAAAUUGCUUUCCCUUCAUCAUUGCCUGACCCACCUCACUUAAAAAAGCGGAGAAAAUUGACAUGGAAAGAGCGAUUUGAAGUGUUGAAGGAGGCAUCUAGGCUUUAUGCUGCAAGCUGGGUACGUGAUAUUGGUCCUGAUCUUCGGCCAAAUGCUUACGGAAAAUGUGAAGGAGAAAAUGGAAAAUCUAAUGGAGUAAAGGAAACAGCUGAGGGAAAAGAACCCUCUGCAUUGGAGGAUCUUGCGGUUGCUGCCAGAGGAGGAAUGGAAACUCUAAAGCCUGCUUUGCAGCGGGUGUACAUGACAAGAGCAUCCGCUUACAGGGAUGCAUUGAAGAGCUUUAUACAAGGAUAUCAAGAAGGGAUAAAGCAAGUCAUGGAAAAGAAGGAAGAUUCUAAAUCUCAACAGCCAGAAGACACCACAGGAAGAUCAACUUGAUCCUCGCCCCUUGAACAGACAUUUUGUAAGUUUGUCAUCAAGGAAAAAGCCGGAAGUAAAAAAAUUAGUUGUGCGUUCAUUGUUAACUGGGUUUUAUAAUUUUUUCUCAGUAAGUAGUUGCUAAUGAAAAUCAGCUUUAGUGUA